AGCUUUCUGCAGUCGGUCAACUCUGGCGUAUACAUCGGCGCCAUCUUCCUCGGUCUACACACAUACACAUUCGCCCAUGCCCUGUGGUACAUAUGGAAGGACAAGAGAACGAGCAGACGUGCUACGCUGCUUCCCCUGAUUAGCGUGCUCUGGGUGAUGCGGUGCUCAUGAACGAGGCAUGUAACAUCGGCUUCAACGCGAAUGCGUGGCUUCAAUACGACGGGACGAACGAGUCGGCCUUCCAUUACUUCGCUAGAAACCAGACUUCCUCGUUGAAUGGCGCCGCGCUGGUCGGUGCUUUCAUCAACGUCGUCCUGGUCGAUGGGUCAUUGCUCGUGCGAUGCUACCGUUGGUGGAAGAACCUAUGGGUGAUCAUACCGUUGGCGUCGCUCGUGCUCGUGUCCUACGUCUGGUACCUGCUCGAGGUUGUGUACACCGCCGGACACGUAGAGGAUGCUAAUAGCGGCUGGAUCAUACCCUUCCUCAACAGCUGGCCCGUCACUAUCGGCCUCGCAGGGGCCCUGCAUGCCAUCUACACUGCCUUGUUGGCUUCCCGCGUCAUUAAGCUCUCCCGCCAGGCAGGGGAACACGCCGGCAUUUGGGCGAUCAGCGUGGAGUCCGCCCUGCCAUACGGUAUCAUCUCGUGUUCAUGAUCAUUUACUGCGCAAACGUCAUGGCCGCCAACGCCUUCAUACCACUUUUGGUGCGGCCGCAGGGCAUCACCGUUGACCUCAUCAUCAUGCGUACAUUGAAGGCUGAGCGUCAGGCCGCCUUCGCGUCGCUGCCUGCACCCGUCGUGACGCCACAGGCGACGGUCGCUACGCCUACCCCGGUGACC